AGCCCCGCAGCCGGCGCGGGAAGCCUGUGAGCGCCGGGUCAGCCAAGGCUUCCCUUUGCCGCUCCGCACCGUCUCCAGGAAGGCGCAGCGGGGUGGGGACGAGAGGAAGGAGCGGAGGAGCCCCCCCGGGGUGGGCAGCGCAGCUUGGGCGCCGGCCCAUGCCUCGGCGUGUGCAGUGAGCGGCAGCCGCGGAGCAGCGUCGGCGGGCGGCCGGGGCCAUGUCGGAGCCGGAAAGCGGUGCCGCAGAUGCAGUUUCCACAUCUGCUUACUCAUCACCAGCCAAGAGUUUGGGAGACCCUGGAAUAACUCCACUGUCUCCAUCGCAUAUUGCGAAGGACUCUGAUGCGGAUGAUGCUGUAGAACAGUUAUAUCUUGUUGUUGUGGCUAUUGAUUUUGGCACAACAUCCAGUGGCUACGCCUACAGCUUCACCAAGGAGCCAGAAUGUAUUCAUGUAAUGAGACGAUGGGAAGGUGGAGAUCCAGGUGUAUCCAAUCAGAAGACACCAACCACAAUCCUCCUAACGCCAGAGAGAAAGUUUCAUAGCUUUGGGUAUGCAGCAAGAGAUUUCUACCAUGACUUGGAUCCCACUGAAUCAAAACACUGGUUGUAUUUUGAAAAGUUUAAGAUGAAACUACAUACCACUGGUAAUCUUACUAUGGAGACAGAUCUGACAGCUGCAAAUGGCAAAAAAGUCAAAGCACUUGAGAUAUUUGCUUAUGCUCUGCAAUUCUUUAAGGAACAGGCAUUAAAGGAGCUCAGUGACCAAGGGGGCUCGGACUUUGAAAACAACGAAGUGAGAUGGGUCAUCACUGUGCCAGCUAUUUGGAAGCAGCCUGCAAAGCAGUUUAUGAGACAAGCUGCCUACAAGGCAGGAAUGGCAUCACCUGAAAACCCUGAGCAGUUGAUCAUCGCCCUGGAACCCGAGGCUGCCUCUAUCUACUGCCGAAAGCUCCGUCUGCACCAGAUGAUAGACCUGAGCAGUCGGGCACCUGUCAAUGGUUAUAGCCCGAGUGACACUAUUGGAACUGGAUUUACACAGGCUAAGGAACACAUCCGUCGUAACCGACAGAGUCGGACCUUUCUGGUGGAAAAUGUCAUUGGAGAGAUCUGGUCUGAACUGGAAGAAGGUGACCGUUACAUCGUUGUUGACAGUGGAGGAGGCACAGUGGAUAUGACUGUCCAUCAGAUCAGGCUCCCUGAAGGACAUCUGAAAGAGCUGUACAAGGCGACAGGUGGGCCAUAUGGUUCUCUAGGUGUGGACUAUGAAUUUGAAAAGCUCCUGUGUAAAAUAUUUGGAGAAGAUUUUAUUGAGCAAUUCAAAAUCAAGCGUCCUGCUGCCUGGGUAGACCUGAUGAUAGCAUUUGAGUCCCGGAAACGAGCAGCAGCUCCGGACAGGACCAAUCCACUAAACAUCACUCUGCCUUUCUCCUUCAUUGACUAUUACAAGAAGUUUCGAGGUCACAGUGUAGAACAUGCCUUGAGGAAAAGCAAUGUGGACUUUGUGAAGUGGUCCUCCCAGGGAAUGCUGAGGAUGAGCCCAGAUGCAAUGAAUGCUCUUUUCAAGCCUACAAUUGACCAGAUCGUUCAGCACCUCAGUGAUGUCUUUGAUAAGCCAGAAGUGACCAAUGUCAAGUUCCUGUUCCUCGUGGGUGGCUUUGCUGAAUCCCCCUUACUCCAGCAAGCCGUGCAGAGCGCUUUUGGUUCGAGGUGUAGAGUCAUCAUUCCUCAGGAUGUGGGGCUCACAAUCCUCAAAGGAGCUGUUCUCUUCGGCCUGGACCCUGCUGUCAUCAAAGUGCGGCGCUCCCCACUCACCUACGGCGUGGGUGUGCUGAACCGCUUCGUGGAAGGGAAGCAUCCAGCCGAGAAGCUGCUGGUCAAGGACGGCACGCGCUGGUGCACCGACGUCUUUGACAAGUUCAUCUCCGCCGACCAGUCCGUAGCCCUGGGAGAAACUGUGACACGCAGUUACACACCUGCCAAACCUUCCCAGUUAGUAAUAGUGAUCCACAUCUAUAGCUCAGAACAGGAUAAUGUUAGCUUCAUCACCGAGCCUGGAGUGAAAAAGUGUGGCACCCUCCGCUUGGAUCUGACGGGAACUGAUGCCUCGGUGCCGAACCGGCGGGAGAUCAAAACGCUUAUGCAGUUUGGGGACACUGAAAUCAAAGCCAUGGCCAUUGAUGUUGCCACCUCUAAAAGUGUCAAAGUUGGUAUUGAUUUCUUAAACUACUAACAGCCCGUUUAGCCCCACCACAGCCUGUUUGUGAGACUGAUCUUCCACUGUUCCCUUUUUUGACUUUCAUAUACCACGUAAUUAACUUGAAUUUCAGCAGGCUAUAUGAGAACAGCUACUAAAGGUGGGGUAGGUCAUGUUUGUGCCCUUGGAUCACCAAAGGCUGGAUUUUGAAAGACCCUUAAAAAGUUUGGGGAGCAAAAGUUCCAGAGGUAGUAAAAGUUCCCGAGUUACUCAAGCAUGCUUAGAGAGCUACCUUUAUGAAGUAAACGCUGAUUAUUGUUGGGUCCUGAAGAUUAGCUAAAAAGAUAGAACAUUGUAAUCUCUUUGCCACCUCCUCCUCCUCCUCCUUCUUCUUCUUCUUCCCAAGAAAACCUCACCCACUUGGUGGUUGUUGGGGGCAUAUCUGUUUAAACAGCACCAUCCUCUGGCAAUGGGAACAAACUAAUAGUCUAUAAUAUUUUGGUUUUGGCCUUGUGCUUGUCAAAAUUGUUAAGUGCUGAAAAUCAAUGAUUUCAAGUAAUGGGAACUGAGUUUUGUUAAGUUCUGAGAUCCUGCUGAAGAGAGAAUCCUCAGAAAUCCUUAGAAUUAUUUUAAAGAUACAUAUUGAUAGCUCCAGUUUGGAAAACAAAACCUUUAUUAUCACAGCUCUCAGAACAAGCUGUUGGAUUAAAUAGGUAGCAUUGCCCACAUUAUGCUUUGGAAAAUGAUUAAGUGCAAAACUGUUUCCCUUUUGGGUCUUCUGACUUGUUUUUAUUACUCUGCAUCUGAAAUCAUAGAAUCAAAGAACAGUUGAGGUUGGAAGGGACAUGCAUUUGCUAUCUGGUCCCAACCUCACCACUCUAAGCAGUGUCAGCUAGAGCAGGAUGCUUUGUUCAGUUUUGAGUAUCUCCAGCAAUGGAGAUGCUUAAAAUCUGGGAAAGCUGUUCUAGUGUUUGACAACCCUCACUGCAAAAAGUUUUUUU